AUGCCUUGCCGUCCCGCCAUUGCAUCCAUGUCCCUCGGGCGUGCUUGGGUACACGAAAUGCCCGAGAAGAUGAAACAGGCCGCCGAAGCUGGGUUUCAAGGAAUAGAAAUAUUUUAUGAGGACUUGGAAUACCUCGCCAAAAAGUACGGAGACAACACGAAAGACGAAAAUAUUCUGGCCGCCGCCAAAGAGGUGCGUGAGCUGUGCGAUGGUCUGGGACUGGACAUCUUCGGUCUACAGCCAUUUCUAUUCUACGAGGGGUUGGUAGAUCGACAAGAACAUGAGCGGAAGAUUGUCAAACUCAAACUCUGGUUUCGGAUUGCCAAGGUCCUGGGGACCAAUACCAUUCAGAUCCCGACUAACUUCCAACAAGAAGGGACCUCGGGAGAUAUUGAUUUGAUUACCCGAGACUUGAUUGAAGUUGCCGACCUGGGAAUAAAGGAAGACCCUCCUGUGCGGUUUGCAUACGAAAAUAUCGCUUGGGGAACACAUAUUGAUACUUGGGAGGGUAUGUGGGACAUUGUCCAGCGUGUCAAUCGGCCCAAUUUUGGCUGUUGUCUCGACACAUUCAACAUUGCCGGCCGCGUCUGGGCUGAUCCUGCAAGUCCCACGGGGAAGACAGCCAAUGCAGAAAAUGAUUUCCAGGCUUCUAUGGAACGGCUCAGAAACACAAUCGAUAUCAGCAAGGUAUAUUACAUUCAAGUUGUGGACGCUGAGCGUAUGGAUCAGCCUUUGGUUGAAGGACACCCUUUCCAUGUAGACGGCCAGCCUCCCAGAAUGUCGUGGAGCCGGAAUGCUCGUCUCUUUGCAUACGAAACCGACCGUAGUGCCUAUCUGCCGAGUGUCGAGGUGGCCAAGGUGCUUUUGAACGAUCUCAAAUUUGAAGGCUGGGUGUCUAUGGAGCUGUUUUCGCGUACCCUUGCGGAUCCAGAGCCAACGGGGCCGCGGGAGCAUGCUCAGAGAGGCAUUGCUUCUUGGAAGAGGCUUCAAUCGGACUUGGGGCUGUGA